CGGAGGCCUCUGCAACACAUAUAUGUUGCAGAGGCCGACGAGCUAUGAAACUGAAGGCGUCAUUAAGUCCGAGGCCGCGAGCACGAUGGCGAGCUGGCUGGCUCAGAUUCAGAAGAGCUCGGAUCUGGGUUCUGAUGUGUGGACUUUGCUAGCUUUGGUUGUGGGAGUGGCGCUCUUGCAUAAGGUCUUCUUCGGUCGGAAGAAGUUGCGGCUUCCACCGGGGCCGAGAGGAUGGCCCGUGCUGGGAAAUCUGCCGAUUCUGGGCACAAUGCCUCAUCUGUCGAUCACGGAGUUGUCCAAGAAGUAUGGCCCUCUCAUGUCCAUCAGACUGGGCUCAGCUUCUGCUGUUGUGAUCUCGUCACCCGAAAUGGCCAAGGUGUUCUUCAGAACCCAGGACCAUAUAUUCGCCAACCGCCCCUUCACCAUCAACGGCCAGGUCUUCAUGUACAACUUCCAAGACGUCUCCUUCUCACCUUACAAUGAGCAUUGGCGUUUCCUGAGAAAAGUCAUCGACAUGGAAAUCUUCUCCAAUAAACGGCUAAGACAUCUGAAGGACUUCAGAGGCGAAGAGAUAUUGGCCUCGAUAGAGCGUAUGCUAGAAGAGGGACGAGGUGGCAAUCCUGUAGACAUGAAAAAAAGCAUGGCUCAGCUCUCGGUGGAGCACAUCUGCCGCAUAUGUUUCAACAAUAACUACUCUCAGUGGAAAUCAAAGAGCUGCCAUUCCAACGGGGUACCUAAGACACUGGCCUCGAUGCUCGACGAAUGGAUUGCGAUUUCCGGAGCAUUUUUCGUUGGAGAAUACAUCCCAUAUUUGCGGAAGCUGGACCUGGGAGGCUUCGAGGCACAGCUGUUGAGACUGAGGUCAGACUUUGAACAGUUCUUGAAUCCCAUUAUCGAGGAGCAUCGCAAAAAUGAGGGGCGCUCUGAUAAAGACUUCCUGGAUGUCCUGCUGUCUCUACAACGUGAAAAUCAAGACGGAUUUCCAAACGAUCGAGUCAAAGCUCUUAUUAAUAAUGUUCUCAUCGCUGGAACGCAGACUACUUCUGACCAGACCACGUGGGCCCUGACCGAGCUGAUGCGACACCCCGAUAUCAAACAGAAGGUUGUGGACGAGCUGGACCUCGUGGUUGGAAGGGAGAGACUGGUGGAGGAAUCGGAUAUUGGCAAUCUCGUUUACCUGAAAGCAGUAGUCAAAGAGACACUGAGGAUGUACCCGUCGGUUCCUCUGGGAGUGCCACACGAGGCGAUGGAGGAUACUCAAGUGGCAGGUCACGACAUUCCAAAGAAAACUAGAGUGCUUUUCAACGCCUACGGCAUCGGGAGAGAUCCAAAGCUGUGGGAAGACCCCACAACAUUCAAUCCCGAGAGGUUCAUUAACAGCCCCAUCGAUGUAAAAGGACAUCACUUCGAGCUCUUAUCGUUCGGUGCCGGGCGCAGACAGUGUCCUGGGAUGGAUAUGGGCCUACUUCUCGUACAGGUCACCGUGGCUCAGAUUCUUCACACCUGCCACUUGUCUGUCCCAGCAGGCGUAGUAGUGGACGUGGAAGAGGGAAUCGGAAUCACACUCCCCAAAGCCAAUCCCCUUAUGGUCCUGAUAUCUCCUCGCCUCGAACCUCAAUUCUACAUCCAGAAAGGUAUCAAAGUAAACUUCUCGUGACACACAACCAUUCGAGUUCAGUCACAGUAGCUUAGUGCGAUGGCGAUUCAACAGCAAUACUGUGUUGAAAAUUGUAGAUUGUUUCUGAUUGCAGACCGUUUGAUCGCUAAUGACCCCAGCGCUGUUUGGAACGAAAACUUGUUGACAAAAAUUAGGCAAAACUUAGUAACAAUUGUGAGCACAAAAGUAUGGUAACUCUGGUUUAUUUCUUUCUUUCUAGAAAGGAGCAAAUAAACUAUCUCUUACUGUUGGUGCUAAUUAUACCAACUAUGUAUACUUGAUGAAAUUUGGACAAAUCAAAAUAUUUUACAUCAGAAGAGGAAGGAAAGUGACAAAGUAGUGCAAGAGUGACACUUUAAAAUACAGCUUUGAAAGAAUGUAUAUCUACACAUACAGCCAUAUUUUC